CUCGGCCCUCGGCCCAGGCGCACCCCGCGUCCGCUGACUCACCCCGCGUCCAUUCGCAGGCGCGCGAGAUCGAUCCGUGUGCCUCCCGCGUCCUCUGGCACAACGCACCAUGCGGGUCCUCAUCUUUUGCGUCGGCACCCGAGGUGACGUCGAGCCCUUCAUCGCGCUGGCGCGGGCGGCUGAGGCAGCCGGGCACGACGCUUUGGUCUGUUCGACGCAUGAGCACGAGGACCUCUGCGCACGUUCCAAGGUCUCGUUUGCGUCCGUCGGCGAGUCCAUCGCAGAUGAUCCAGAGAUGUUCAAGAUCGCUUCGACAUCUCUGGCCGCAUUCGAGGCGGGGAAGAUCACUGCCGCCGAGAUGCAGAAGCAGCAAAUGGCCAUGCUGACGACCGUCCUCGGUCGCGUCAGCCUUCCGCAUUCACGGGCCCUCAUGGCGAUUCUGGACGCCGCGGCCUCGGAAGGAAAGCCUUUCGACCUCGCGAUCGCAACCAUACUCGGCCACCGGAGUAUUCAGCCGCACCUUGAAGCUCGUAACCUCGUCUUCUACCACCUGCCGAUGCAAGGAAGGGCGGAGGGCUUCCUCGGCUCGAACCUGAUGUGGUGGUAUCGCAAGGCCAUAUGGGGCGCAUUCCAGCGACUAGUGUGGGGCGCAUUCCUCGAGAAGAAUGUCAACGAGAGUCGCACGCUCGCGGGCCUUGACACGCUGUCGUACGUCAGCGAGUACUAUGCGCGCAUGCACCGCGCGCCGACGAUUCUGGGCUAUCUUGAGGAGCUCACGCCGACGCCAUACCCGCCAAAAACGAAUGAGCUACGCGACGUGCGCGCACAGGGCGUCUUGAUGCUCGACGACCACGCCCGAUCGAAGCGCGAGGCGCUACCCGCCGACCUCGAGGCUUUCCUCGCAGCAGGGCCACCUCCCGUUUACAUUGGCUUUGGCUCGAUGCGCCUCGCCGCGCGCCACGUGACGAUGGUCGUGCUGCAGGCCGUGAAGCAGGCGGGCGGGCGCUGCGUGCUCGCGGCCGGCUGGGCGGAGCUUGGCACGCAUCAGCUCGACCCGGCGUCUGAUGGCACCGCAGAGCUGCUCAGCUUCGCCAAGUCGAGCGUCUUCGAGAUUUCGAGCGUCGACCACCGGAUGCUGCUCCCGCGGUGCGCGAGCGCCGUCUGCCAUGCGGGCGCGGGCACGUUUGCCGCGGUCCUCCUCGCGGGCAUCCCGAUCAUCGCGUGCCCGUUUGCGUUCGAUCAAUUCGGUUUCGCGCGUGCGGGCGUCGGCGCCGGUGUAUCGCCUGGCUUCGCGCCACUCGGCCGACGUGCUUGCAGAUCUCAUCCUCAAGGCGGCCGCCGAGCGGCCGCAGAUGGAGCCCAAUCUCAAGCGCAUCCAGGCGGCCAUGUCGCCGCCCGAUCGAACCGCCAAGGCCGCCGUCGCCGCCAUGGUGGACGUCCUGCGUGAGCACAAGGAGGAGUCGAUGUGGACGCGGCCCGUGCCCGAGGAUAUACAGCCGAUCCGCUUCAGCAUGGGGGACGCCAUGUCCAUGUGCCUGUCGCGUUGAGGCCAACUCGACCACGGGCGGCACGGUCAUGAUGUGCCGGAGCUCAGCCCGCGCGGGCGAUGGAUGGCAUGCUCUUGUCUCGCUCCUAUAGCAGAAUCCAGAAACAGUAGGGGGAGGGCUCCCAGGGCUUGGAGGAUUUUUCAGUUGCAACCAUUUCGAGAUCCACACACUCCCUAUUGCUAUAGCCUAUACCC